GCCUGGGAUUUGGCUUGCUCACGCGCCUCUACCUCAGGAUGAAUUUCAGGUUAUGUUGGUCGCAAAGCGUCUUGGGAAAGGUAGUACACUACCGGAGUUGACGCUGGGGGAAUGGUUUACCCGGCAUCCUUUGGGGUGGCUUCCUGUUUCGGUUGCUAAGUGACCAUCGGGCGAUCAUAGACUUCGUGCGAACUACCACUGCCUUAAGAGGAAAGCAGGCAGAGACUGCCUGCAAAGCUGAACGUGCUAAUGGGGGACAAUGGAUUCCAAGUAUGAGAGCUGUUUAGCUGUAUUCUCCACACUAGGAAGUCCCUUCUUGGAGUCACCCAGUUCCCCGAGUCAUUACCACCCAUCCCAGACACAGCCUCUGAAGGAGGAGCAACGACACACGGUUCUGAGCCCAUCCCGUUUGCAGAACAAGAAUUGCCCCACCUCUCCUAAGAAAGUAGAAACACUGAGCCCUCUACACCUGAGUUUCAUGCCAGACAUCAGCUAUCAAGAAACAAAACAAUCUAACUCAGAUUCUAUGAGCCCCUUCAAUGAGUCAUGGCCCUCGACUGAACGCAGCUCUUCCUCCCUGACUCCUGAGGGAGUAAAGGCCCGUCCCUUGGAGCAGGUGGUGGGGACCAAGGCCCUGUCCCCACUGAAGCUCCAGGAGCCUAUCUCAGAUAGUGAAUCAGUUAUUGCCAGGUACAUUGAGCGAUUCCGUUAUGGGAAGCCCACUAAACGUAAAGAACGCAGGGCAUCUAGUGAUCCAUCUUCACAGUUCUGGUGGUUUGCUGGUAGCUCUGAAGACAACAUCUCCAAGAAGGAAUCAUCACCAUCUUCAGAUAGCAGCUCGAGUGGAGUGAUGUCAUCUCUAUUCAGUCCUGGACUGGAUCUGUCCCCCUCGCAAGGAGAUUUUCAGGACACUUCCAUACUGGACCCAGAAACUGUGAAUCUUCAGAUGAGAGCAGCCAAACUCUUGCAGAAAAGCACUUCCUCCUCUGGAAACUCCAGGCAUGUGAGUUCUGAAGGACUUGGCUCUACCUCUCCAUCUACAAUUACAAAUGCCGUUGUGGACUUGGCUGAGCACAUCCCACCUCAUCUUGCAGCAAAUCAGUGCAAAGGUAACCUUGCUGCUGUCUCUUGCCAUUUAUCUCAAAUAUCUCAGUCUCGCUCUUCCAAGAAACCAGAAGAGGACAUCCUAUUCCAGUGGCGCCUGCGGCGGAAGAUGGAAGAGGCAAGCAAGGCAGCUGCUGUGAUGCCCUCUGUAGCUUGGAGGAGCUUUGGCCAACUAGCAUCUGCUGGUACCAUGGUAGAAAAUGUAGCUGUGAAACUACCAGAACCCAGCGAUUGGACUGACAAAAGUAGAAAGACAUUGCCAAUAUCUGAAGCCCAAACAAGCAUGGGAUCUGCCCUCAAUGAAUACCAUUUCUGCUCCUGCACAGAUCCUGUGAGAAAGGAAACAAGCGUCAGGCAACUCAGAGAAACCACUUCAUUCAGGAAUGGAAUUGUGGAAACUGGGAGUUCUGGUUUCAUUGGAGAGCAGGGAUUGAAGAAACGAACUCCCCAAGAGACAGCUGUCCCUCCAUACAUGGACUUAUCUCCCAAAACGGAGCCUACACCCAAACGAGAACAAGUAGUGAAGAAACCAACCCCCCAAAAGGAUUGUUUCACUGCAAACCAGGAGUCUUCUUCCCCACUAAGGCCUGCAGGAACCACAAAGCAUUUGAAGCAGGCCAUUUUAUGCCAUGGUCAAAGAACAAUUGAGUCUGAUGAGAGAGUGCACAGCAAACCCAAAAGUGACCAAAAGCCAUGCAGAGCCAAGAAAGACCAAGCAAAACUAGGCGCAGACUUCAAAGAGCCACCCGUCAGCCCUGCAAAACAGUCAGUUCAACACGUCUUGGGAGAGGUGGUUGCUGAAAGACUUUUCUCCUCACCUGAAUCUCCAGCUCUCCACAGAGACAGACCAAAGAGGAGUCUAAAAGACAGAGGCCCAAAGGAGACUAUGCCAGAUGGUGUUGCAAGAUCCUCACACCUUGAGCUCCUGGACAUGGCUGCUCAGCUCCUGGAACAAGCGGAAGAUUCUGAUGGCACAGAGUUUGAGGAUGAUCCCCUCUUACAGGUAUUAAGGGGCCAAAGGGAAGUACUUCGCAGUCAGCUGAGAACUGUGGACGCUCGGAUGGCUCGGCUUGAAGGACAGGAUUCUGAGCAGGACUUUUCUGGAUGAUAACAAGCUCCUGUGUACUCUUCUCUGUGUCUUGAGAAGUUUCCUAUGGGAUUCUGGUGGCAGUGACACCUCGGAGGGCUCAUUCUUUUCUAGGUUGGUUGUGCCACCUGCACUUCACAAGCAGAUAUAUUCAUAGUAGUCAUUGACAAAUGUAAAGUGAUUUGUAGACUUGUCUCUGGAAAUGAUGCUCUGUUUCCAUGGUUUCAUUGUAUAUUUUGGUAAUGAAUUUAAAAUAAAGCGCAUUUUAGAUGAAAA